UUCUUUGCACCGUGGCAACAAACCGUGCCAAAAUCCACUUUGCAAUGGGAAUGACUCCUGAGUACGAUUACUUAUUCAAACUUUUGCUGAUUGGUGACUCUGGUGUUGGAAAAUCUUGUCUUCUUCUCCGUUUCGCAGACGACACAUACACAGAGAGCUACAUCAGUACCAUCGGGGUGGAUUUCAAGAUCCGGACUUUGGACCUGGAUUCCAAAACCGUGAAACUACAGAUUUGGGACACGGCUGGGCAGGAACGGUUUCGCACCAUCACCAGCAGCUACUACAGGGGUGCCCAUGGCAUCAUCGUCGUGUAUGAUGUCACAGACAAGGAAUCCUUCAAUAAUGUCAAACAUUGGAUGCAGGAAAUUGACAAAUAUGCUGCCGAUGGUGUGAACAAAUUGUUGGUGGGCAACAAGUGUGACCUGUCUUCCAAGAAGGUGGUCUCUUACGAUGAGGCCAAGGAAUUGGCCGAUUCUAUGGGCGUGCAAUUCAUGGAGACCAGCGCCAAGAAUUCGCACAACGUGGAGCAGGCCUUCCAGAUGAUGGCUGGGGAGAUCAAGGGUCGUGUGGCAUCUCAACCAGCUCCCGCCCGUGGCACGGGGGGCCAAAGCCUUGGAGCUGGCACGAGAGUCACCGCAAGUGGAGGUUGCUGCAAAUAAUAAGCGCUGAAAGGACACCUGGAGCAGUACGCCUAGUGCAGAAAAUGCUUGCGGUUUCACGGCUCUCGUGGGCCCUACGACAAGCGUACUCCCUGGUUGGUAAGUCCUCAUUACUGGAAUUAUG